CUUCAUAUUUGUUUACUAUAAAAGGGUAACAAUCUUCUUAUAGACACUCCUGCGAGAGAACUAAUUGAGAUAAUUUGCCCUUGCAGUUUUCCUCUAGCUCCGGGAAAUGGUGGUGUGCGAAUCCCAUGACUCUUUGCCGAGAGUUCAGCUGCUGUUCUUCUUCAUCCUUCCUCUGCUCCUCUUGCAAGGGAGGGUUGCAGCUCAAGUCAACGCUACAACAGACCCAAACGAAGUUUUAGCACUGAACACUAUCCUAGAGAGAUUGGGUUUGAGCACAUCAUCUCAGUGGAAUUUCAACGAUAACCCAUGCACUGGUGUUGCCAUCGAUCAAACUCCAAUUAAUAAUCUCAACCCUGGAAUCAAAUGUGACUGUACUUACAACAACAAUAACACUUGCCAUAUCACUCAUCUGAAGGUUUAUGCCUUAAAUGUGUAUGGACUUGUCCCCGAAGAGCUACAAAACCUACCCUACCUCUUUGAUUUAAAUUUAGCGCAAAAUUACUUGACUGGAUCUCUACCAGCUGUCCUAGGAAAUUUGACUAACCUGCAAUACUUAAGUCUAGGCAUUAAUGCCUUAUCGGGGCCAAUACCGCCGCAACUUGGGAACCUUCGAAGACUCGUCUCAUUGAGUAUUUCAAAUAAUUACUUCAACGGUUCAGUCCCUCCUGAGUUUGGAAAUCUCAGAAACUUAGAACAAUGGUACAUGGAUAGUUCUGGACUUAGUGGCGAGCUACCACAAAAUCUAUCCAAUCUCAGAAACCUACACACAGUGUGGGCUUCAGACAAUAAUUUCAUCGGAAGAAUACCUGAUUACAUUGGAACAUGGACAAACCUGACAAUCUUGAGGUUCCAAGGCAACUCCUUUCAAGGUCCAAUUCCUCCAAGCUUUGCCAACCUAAUUCAAAUGAUCGAUUUGAGAAUAGGUGAUAUCUUGAAUGGGAGCUCUUCAUUAGACUUCAUUAGUAAUAUGACAUCUCUAAGCACCUUGGUACUAAGGAACAACAAGAUCUCUGAUACAAUUCCAUUGAACUUUCAGCCAUACAAUGGAUUGACUUUUUUAGAUCUGAGCUUUAACAAUAUAACUGGCCAAGUUCCUCAGUCGCUCUUCAAUCUGAGAUCACUUGCUUUCUUAUUUCUUGGUAACAACAGCCUCACGGGUUCCUUACCUCGGCAAAAGAGCACUGCACUAAUGAACAUGUAUUGUGCCUCUAUUGAUCGGAGUUCCAUUAUGAUCCUAAUUCAGCAUGCCACUUUGUUUAUUUGCAGAGAUUUAUCAUACAAUCAGUUAUCAGGAAGCUAUCCAUCUUGGGUUAGCCAAGGAAACUUGCAAUUGAAUUUGGUGGCAAACAAUUUUGUGAUUGAUGAUUCCAACAAUAGCAACUUGCCUUCAGGGUUGAACUGUCUUCAGCGCAGUAUUCCAUGCCAUCGUGGUUCCCCAAUCUAUUCAUCCUUUGCGAUCGAGUGUGGUGGCAGUAGAGUAAUAAGAUCUUCUGAUAACACUGUCUAUGAGAUUGAUAACGCAAAUCUGACAACUGCAUCAUACUAUGUGACUGAUUCAACCAGAUGGGCAGUUAGCAGUGUUGGGCACUUUAUGGAUGCAGCUGCUCCUUCUUAUGUGAGGGCCAGCCAAUCUGAAUUUCUUGGUACUCGAGACACAGAAUUGUUUCUAACUGCAAGGUUGUCUCCAUCUUCACUAAGAUAUUACGGUCUUGGUCUUGAGAAUGGAAACUAUACCAUUAAGCUUCAAUUUGCGGAGAUUGCGUACCCUGACGUGUUCCCUGACUUCCCUGACUUGGCUACUUGGCAAAGCUUGGGUACAAGGCUCUUCAAUAUUUAUAUUCAGGAUGAUCUAAAAGAGAGAGAUUUUGAUAUAAGAAAGCAGGCUGGUGGCAGGUCCAUUGUAGCUGUAUCAAAGGAGUACACAGUUCUAGUGACGGAUAAUUUCCUCGAAAUUCAUUUCUUUUGGUCCGGCAAGGGUACCUGCUGUUUACCAACACAAGGAUCCUAUGGCCCGUUGAUUUCAUCUAUAAGUGUAUCUCCUGCCUUCACUCCUACCGUAUCAAACAGACUGCCAAGUUCAAAGAAAAACCGUGCCGGUUUGAUUGCGGGUAUUUCAGUUGGAGUUCUUGUUCUAGGAUUGUUGGCUCUAUGUGGAGUUAUUUUCAUCAGACAGAGAAAAAGAAUAUUAAAUGAGGAAGCAGUGUUAACAGGACUAGAUGUGAAACCUUUCGUCUUCAGUUAUGCUGAGCUAAGGGCUGCAACUGAAGACUUCAGUUCCUCUAACAUAUUGGGGGAGGGAGGAUUUGGCCUAGUGUUUAAGGGAAUACUGAGCAAUGGAAGAAAAGUAGCUGUUAAGAAACUCUCAACCACGUCUCAUCAAGGAAAGGGUCAGUUCUUAACAGAGAUUGCAACUAUAUCUGCUGUGCAGCAUCGAAACCUUGUAAAAUUACACGGUUGUUGUGUCGAUGAAGAAAAUCAGAUUUUGGUGUAUGAGUACCUAGAAAACCGUAGCCUUGAUCAAAUAAUUUUUGGGAAGAGAGAUUUGCAUCUUGAUUGGCCAAACCGUUUCAAUAUAUUAUUGGGUGUAGCAAAAGGUUUAGCUUAUCUCCACGAGGAAUCAAUUGUUCGAAUUGUGCAUAGAGAUGUCAAAGCUAGUAAUAUUCUACUCGAUGUUGAUCUUAACCCGAAAAUCUCAGAUUUCGGUCUAGCUAAGCUCUACGACGACAAGAUUUCUCACAUUAGCACAAAGGUUGCUGGUACAUUUGGCUAUCUGGCACCGGAGUAUGCUCUGAGAGGGCAUCUUACAGAGAAAGCUGAUGUCUUUGCUUUCGGAGUGCUAGCAUUGGAGGUUGUUAGCGGAAGACCCAACUCUGAUCGACUUGAUCACGAGACAGUUUAUCUUCUUGAAUGGGCCUGGAAUCUACUCGAGGACAAUCGAAAAUUAGAGGCGGUGGAUCGAAGCUUAGCAUCAUUUGACGAGGAAGAGAUCAACCGGGUCAUUGGAGUAGCUCUACUUUGUACCCAAGCAUCACCGGCGCAUCGACCACCGAUGUCUAGGGUCGUGGCUAUGCUUGUAGGGGAUCAAGAAAUCAUGGAUGUGACCGAGAGGCCUUCCUAUUUGCUCCUGUGGCAAUGUGCCGAGAAUUCUGAUGCUUCAUACCGAAGGCAUGUAACAGAGCGACCUAGCUUUCCAUUAUGGAGCACUGACAGUGUGAAAACCAGAAUUUUGUCUGUUCAAUCGACUGGCGACUGUAGCAUUGAUGAGGGAAGGUGAACUUGAUCACCAUGGCUGAAACUUCUGUUAACGCAAGAAAAUCUUAGUUCCAAAAGAGUGGCUUUGACUUUAGAAGUAUUCUUUCUUCUUCCUUCUUCCUUCGGUGCUGGGUGGGUGAAUGUCGACGGUCAACUCUGCUCAAUUCUGCUACAUAAAUCUGGGAAUCAAGAAGCCUGAUUCAACCAGGAAAGAAGAGGGCGAGGAGUGCAACUAAUGCGGAGGACGAAGGAUGAUGGAGUGCCAAACGGCUAUGUGCCAAUGAUAAUCGGAAUAGGAAGGGAGAGGUUUUUGGUGCACACUAUGCUUUUAAAGGUUCCAUUUUUCGCAACGUUGCUGAAAAUGGCCGAGCAAGAGUUCGGGUACGUGCUGCUAGUUCUUCGCAUCUCGUGUAAUAUUGAACAAUUCAGAUCAGCGGUCGAUGAAGGCUAAUUCAUACCAUUCCAUUUUCUUUCUCAA